AUGAGGUUAGCCUUGGCGGUCGCGUUGUUAACCCUCGUUACGGUAGCUUACACGCGCCGUUUACCACCAGCUAAAUAUGAACGUCUCGAAGAGAAACCGGUAGCAUCAGACCAGGAACCGUCCCCCAGUGAUCACAAAAAGGAACAGCACCAUAACCAUGAGUACAAGAAGGGUGGAGGUAAAGAGCAUCAUGCGCAUCAUCACCAUGACCACGGAGAACACGGACAUAAGGGUUAUAAGGGCCAUCAUCAUCACGAGGAAGGCAAGAAGGGACACCACGACAAAGAACACCACAAAGGCGAAUACGAUGACCACGGUGGUCACAAGAAGGAGCAUCACCAUCACGAUGGUCAUUACGACGAGCACCACAAGGGCGAGAAAGGUGAGAAAGGACACAAAUUCGAAGAAAAGGGACACUACAACAAAGGUCACUCGACUAAGGGACAUCAUGAAAUUCAUAAGCUGGAUGAGUUCAAGAAAGACAAACACUUCUUCGACGAGGAAGGAGACUCCGGUCACGAGGAGAAGCACGGAGGGUACCAUGAGGAACACGGCCACAAGAAGGGAGGACACUUCAAGAAGGGUCAUCACCACGGGGGCCACCACGAACACGAGCACGGCGAGAAGGGCCACCACGAGAAAGGAGGCCAUCAUCACGAGCACAAGGGCCACAAGGAGGCUGCCGGUCACGAUGAGCAUCAUCAUCAUCACCACGACCACGCCAAGAAGGGUGGUCACGAGCAUCACAAGAAGUAUGGGUACAAGAAAGGCCACUAG